UACUGGAAAUAGUGGGCUGGUUAAAGCCCAUUAAGAAUUUUUGGCGGCCCACCUCUAACCCUAACUCUGUUAGGGGGUGUUUACAAAUAAAACCCUAACUACUUCCCGCAAAGCCAAAUCCGUCUCUUCGUACUCGCCUUCUCUGCAGAUUUCCGCCGCCGCCUCACACACGCUGCGCAACCACCUCAGCCAUGGCGCCGAAAAAAGACAAGGCUCCCCCGCCGUCAUCGAAGCCGGCGAAGUCCGGCGGAGGCAAGCAGAAGAAGAAGAAGUGGAGCAAGGGAAAGCAAAAGGAAAAGGUGAACAACAUGGUUUUGUUCGAUAAGGGUACGUACGAUAAGCUGCUGACAGAGGCGCCCAAGUACAAGCUCAUCACUCCAUCCGUUCUCUCUGAUCGUCUCAGGAUAAGUGGAUCCCUUGCAAGGAAGGCCAUCAGAGAAUUGAUGGCAAGAGGUUUGAUCAGAAUGGUCUCAGCUCAUGCAAGCCAGCAAAUUUACACCAGGGCAACCAACACCUAGGUGUAGUUUCGUGGGAUCGAGUAGCUCUGGAUGGGUUUUGUCAAAUUAGUUCUCUCUUUCUUUUAGCAUUUAUGCUGUGUUUGAACUCGGGAAGAUAUUAAGCUUGGGAUGUCUACUUUUUACUAUAUGUUAUUACCUGAGCAUACAAUUGUUGAAUUCGUUCAAAGUGAUGUUUCUCUUUUGUUGUUAUUGCAGUUUUUUUUUGUAGUUUUGCGGUUGGUCAUAUUAAUGAAAUGCGCACUUGUUGGAAA